AUAGUAUCGCAGGCGGAAUAUAUCAAUGAAGGCGCCGUGGAAGACGAGAUGCGAUGUACAACACGGGACUGGAGGAGUCUAGGGAGCGAUGGAAUGGCCACGAGGGCUUGAGAAUGUCUCGUAGGGCCGAGAGAAAGGAGCGGAACCAAGUAGGACAAUUCGAGAGAUGGUAUUUUUGUUGGUUUUGAUGAAGGACUUAUGAACUUUGAAUCAUUGGCAAUGACUCGCUCUGAAGCCACAGGAUGCAAUGCACGCAAACUCCGGUAUACGCGACGGGAAUUGAGCCGAGAUGAAACAAGCCAACGGAUGGAACCCAAACAGCGCAGAAAAAUAGCGGGAAACAAUAAGUUAGAAGAUAAGGCCAGACAGCCCCAGGGAAGAGAGCAGAGGCACUACUUUAGUGCUUUCCGGGGGUGGCUGGAUCUGGUUGCUUCUAAAUUGAAGGCUGAUCUGGUCUCGCCUUUUCUCUUUCCAGCGCGGAUCCUCCGGGGUCACGUGGAAGAUAACGCUUAUCGUUCCUUUACGCUUUACAGAGUAACCAACUUCGUCGCUUACUUCUCUCUACAAUGUUUCUUUUCGCUUUGAAGAUUACCGAAAUUAUCAUGCCUCAUGCCGGUUCAUUAUCUAACUAAUGGGUAACAUGUACAGAAGAUGCCGCUAAUUCUCUACCUCAAACAUUUACAGGUACUGCUUGAACCAGUUGACGGCCUGGCAGAAAGCCUGCUCCUUGGACCACUUAAAGUGGGGGACGCUCAGGUCAGCGCGGACA